AUGGCAACUGUUCGAGAUAUCAGUCUUGCCGCAGCUAUCAAUAUUUUUUCAGCAUUCAUAUUCCUUAUUCUCUUUGCUAUACUGAGGCUGCAGCCAAUAAAUGAUAGAGUGUAUUUUCCGAAAUGGUAUUUCAAAGGGAUAAGAGACAGUCCAACUCAGUCAGGAGGUUUUGUAACAAAGUUUGUGAACUGUGAUUUCAAGUCAUAUUUAAGAUUUCUUAGUUGGAUGCCAGAAGCUAUCAAAAUGCCAGAACUAGAGUUGAUUGACCAUGCAGGACUUGAUUCCGCUGUAUAUAUUCGGAUUUAUCUUCUUGGGUGAGUUGAUUGUUUUCCACUUUGGACUGCUUUAAUGCUGCUUUCUUUUUUCUCGCUUCUAGUUAGCUGGAUAUUAUAGUUGCACCCUUUUUUCAAUUUUCAUUGAUCUGAGUUACAUCAUGCUAGAACAGCUAAUGUUAAACCAUCACUUGUUAUCUCUGAAAUAUUGUGUAGAUGCAUUGGUGAAGUAUAGUUACCAAUUUUCAGAAUUUAUCUCAUUUUCAAUCUAAGACCGAUACUAUGAUCCUGUUGUAAUGAAAAUAUUGGGAUAAUUUGUCGGUCAUAAGUUAUAUGAUUUGGGGAAAGUUCAUGCAUGAGAAUACUAUCUAUGAAUCAAUAUGUUUGAAACUUUUCUGGUGAAGCAACUAACUGUUUUUAAUGUUUUUUUAGGUUGAAAAUAUUCGUUCCUUUUAUGGUUUUCGCUUUAUGCAUUCUUGUACCUUUUAACUGUGGUGGUAGGUCUCUUGAGGAUCUUAAAGAUGUUACCUUUAGUGACAUCGACAAGCUUUCAAUAUCAAAUGUGGCACCUCGAUCAGAGAGGUUUGACAUACUUCACUCUAUUUAUUAUUAUUUUGCCUGAUACCCUUCCUGUAGGGAAAAUAUUAUUUUUUAAAAAUAACUAAGCUCCUAUAUUAUUUUUUUAUGAUUAAAUCUGUAAACUGGCAGAUACUUUCUUUACUAAUUGUUUUGAGAAACUUGUUAGGCCUAUGCUUCCAUGCAAAAUUUAAAGAAACAUAUUUUCAUACAUUAACUUUUUUGCUGUGAGUGUUUCUUUUGUGAACCAGUCUUAAUAUUUAAUUAUCAACUACAAAUAGGGGAUAAAAUAUUUUCUUACUAUUCCAUGGUUUUUGUGAUGAGCUAUCUGGCUUCCAGUGGUUCUUAUGGUAUCCAUUUACUAGAUAAUUCGUCUGCAAGAGUACUUUUCUGAGGGUCCCCUGAUUUAGGGCUUUUUCUCUAAUAUAUGCUACCUGUAUAUUUUUUUACUAUCCACUUCUUUUUCAUUCAGUUUAUUAAUUUGACUUGGUGUAGAGCGAUUUGUUAACAUUAAUGCGUUCACUUGUUUAUUUUUGUCCAUAAGAUUACCAUAAGUCAUCACAUUCUUGUUAUGAGUGGCAUGUACUAAUAGGUUAUAAGGGAGGCUGUUGAGUCUUGUUGAUACUUCACCGUGGAAUGAUUUGAUAGGUUCUAUGUCUUUCAUUAGACGCAACAGGAGAUGCAAUUUCAUUAUUGACCAGCCAAGUAUGAUUUGAAAUUUAGGGAACUAUUCCACCCUUCUGAUACGAUCCCCUUCUCUCCUCUUGAACAAAGAAGGGAAAAUGAACAAUAUAUUCAAAUAAAAUAGAGAAAAGAAUGAAUAGAUGAGAAUUAAUUCGAGAGAAUUCCCCACUCUCCCUUUCCUCUCGUGACCUUCUAUCACGAUACCCCUUUUUAUUCACAUAGGAGGGUAUUUAUAUUGUUCAGCCUAUUCUUAUCCUAGUGUUUAUUGUAGAAGCUUCUAGACUGUUCUCUUAUGGCGAACAUGUCUUUAGGGGUACUAUAUCAGCACUCCAUUCAAAUCCACUUUAUCCUCAAGGUGGAAGUCAGGAAAUUUAUGUAUUAUCUCUGAAGCUGCUUCCCAUGUUGCUUCAAAUUCUAGAAGACCUGCCCAUUUGAUUAGGAUCUUAGGUCUUGCUGUUGUAGGCCGAAGCUCUUGACAAGUCUUUGGUUCAAGUUUUCAUUUGAGCUCCUAUGUUAAAUUUAGAGGACAGGGUUGUACACAAUCUUGAAGGCUUAUUGCUUUGCGUAGUUGCUGUACAUGAAACAUAGGGUGAAUAGAAGAGUGGACCAGAAGGUUCAAUCAAUAGGCUAAUUGGCCCACACAAAGAAGGACCUUAUAUAGUCCAAAAUACCAUGGUGCUAAUUUUUCAUUUGGCUUUUUGGCUAGGGAUUUCAUCUUGAAUGGUCGAAGGUGAAGGUAGACAAAGUCCCCUUUCAUAAAUUGAACAUCUCAUCUCCUUCUAUUAGCCUUCUAUUUUAUAAUGAUUUGGGCGUGCUUCAGUUGGUCUUUGAUGAUAGUGAACAUCUGAUCUUUGUCUUGUAAUUGCUGAUCUAUUACAUAAAGAGGUGAGGGUGGAAUGUCAUAUUUGAUGAUGGUAGGAGGAUCUCAUCCAUCAACCACAUUGAAUGGGGUUGUCUUGAGAGACGAAUAGGAAACAGUGUUGUAGUAGUACUCAGUCCAAUGCAACCAUUGACUCCAUGAAUUUAGUUUAUUGGAUGCAAAACAUCUUAUGUAAGUUCCCAAGCACCUAUUGAUGACCUCUGACUGCCCAUUGGUUUAAGGGUGGUAUACAAUACUCAUUUUUAAUUUGACACUUGAAGUGUGAAUAGUUCCUUUCAAAAAGUGCUGGUAAAAAGCUCGUCACGAUUUGAAAUAAUUAAUCUUGGCAUCCCAUGAAGUUGUACCACUUCUUUGGAAAAGAUAAGUGCAACCUCAAGAGCUGAAAACGGAUGUUUUAGAGGAAUAAAGUGACUAUAUUUGCUCAAUUUGUCCACGACAAUCAAUACAAAUUUGAAGCCCUUAGAUCAAGGUAAUCCCUCCAAGAAAUCCGUAGUUAAGUCCUCCCAGAUUCGUGCAGCCACUAGUAAUGGUUGGAGUAGACCUACAAAAGCAAGUGAAGAUGUCUUAUGGUUUUUAGAGAUAUUGUGGCCAUAAUAGGGUGUUUGAGAUUUUCUAUAAAUGUGUGGAAGUGUGGAAUUACUUUUCUAAAAAAUGAUUAAUGUUGGUUUUUAUAUAUGAAGGAAAGAGAAAAUUAUAUGCAUUGGUUGCAGAAAUUUAAUCUUAAUCUACAUGCAUGGAGGAAUGAACAAAAAUUUGUGUAAUAAUCAUUUGUAACUUUGUCACAUUCCUAGACCAAUAUGACAACAUGGAAAACCCAUUCUAGAGUUGUCUUCGUACUAGAACAAGAGACAACUCAUCUGCAGUAUCAACCAUCAUAUGAUAUUUUGCCUUUGUACUAGAACAAGAGAUGACUCACUAUUUCUUAGAGUGCUAAGUGAGUACGUUGUCGCCAUCAUAUGUGCAAUAGUCAAUAGUUGACUUGUGAUCACCCUUGUCACCAGCAAACUCGACAUCAGAGUAGGCCUCAAUCUUGAUAUGCCAUGGUGCUGAUAGAGAAGCUCCUUUUUAGGAGCUCGUUUAAUGUAUGCAAGAAUGUAGAGUGCUCCCUCCAUAUGCAUCUCAUGAGGUUCCUAAAUGAAUUGGUUAAGAAUGUCAACUACAUAAGAUAUGUUUGGACGAGUGAUAGUGAGAUAAAGUAGUUUAUCGAACAAACGGCAAUAUUGGUGGAUGUCCUCUAAUUUGAGAGAAUCAUCCUCCCAAAACUUGAGUCGAGCCUCCAUCGGUGAUGAAGUAGGUUUACACCCUAAUAGCCUUAUCUCUUGCAGAAGGUCUAACACAUUUCUUUUAGGAAAGAGUAAGUUUUCCUUGACGAUAAGUAAACUCAAUCCCCAAGAAAUAUUGUGGAGUGGAAAGAUCAUGGGUCACGAAGUGUCGAUGAAGAUAUGCCUUUAAAGUAGAGAUGCCAACUUGAUCAAGUUAGGAGAAUAUCAUUGACAUAGAUCGCAAGCAUCACACACCCACCCCAUGUGGAUUUGCACAUCACUAUUAGAUCAGCCAUACAUGAAGCAAAACUAAAAGUAAUAAUGAGACACGUGAACUUCUCAAAUCAAGCAUGAGGACUCUAGCGAAGCCCAUAGAUAAUAGCCCACUUGAGCAAACACACUUGAGAAGUCUCUUGAGAAACAUAUCAAAGGUUGCUCCAUGAAUACUUGUUCAGCAAGAUCAUCAUAGAGGAAGGCAUUGGAAAUAUCUAGUUGAUGGAGAGACCACGCUUGAUUGACUACUAGAGAGAGAAGUACAUGAAUGGAGUUGAGACGAACCACGGGAGAUAAGGUUUUUGUGUAAUCGAUGUCGUAGGCUUGGGUGAAGUUGCGAGCAAUGAGACGCACUUUGUGAUAAGCAGUAGAGUCAUCAGGGUUGUACUUGAGGUAGUACACCCAUUUGCAAGUCACAACAUUGGCAUUAAUUGGACAAGGAACGAGUUGUUAGGUGUCGCCUUGAACCAAGGUAGAGUAUUUGACAUCCGUCGCCAACUUCCACUCGAGUAUUUGGAGAGCCUCAUGAUGUGUCUUGGGUAUCCUUAGAUGAGACAAAGAGAGCAAAGGCUUGGAAGGGUGAAGGUGAUCAUAAGAAACAAAAUGAGAGAUGGGAUGCCAAGUGCAAGAGCGAGUGCCUUUGUGAAGGCAAUGGGACGAUAGAGAUCAUCAGUUGGAGAGAUAGGGAUAACCAAUGAGAGUGGUACCAGACUGAAAGAAGGGGAUAAGGACUUGACAAAGUAGGUUAGACGACAAGGACUAGGAGGGUAGUGAAGAUGCAUGAGAGUCAUGGACCACUAAAACAAGUGGGGAUGAGGAUGAAGGAGGAAAACCAUGAGGUGGUGAGGAGGAUGCUAGAGGAGUAGCAAAAGAAGAGAAGUACGAGAUGUCUUCAUGGAAGGUGACAUCCGCACAAAUGUGAGAUAUUGACGAGUGUCAAGAAGAUAGACUCGAUAUCUUUUUGAGUGUGAGAGUAACCAAUGAAGACACCUUUUAGGGCACGAGGUGUCAACUUAAAGAGAGAGAGAGAGCAUGGUCAUGUGCAAAUGUAGUACAUCUAAAUACUUGGGGAGGGAAAAGAAAGUGGUUAGUUUGAGGAGAAAGUCAAUGUAAUGGAAUCAUGUCACCAAGAGUGGACAAGGGUAGGUGAUUGAUGAGUAAGGUGAUAGUGAGGAGGGCAUCAGACCAAAGAUAGUGUGGGACAUACAUGACUACAAUGAGUGUGGGAGUAAUGUCAAGAUGUCAUUGCUUCCAUUCAUCGAUGCCAUUUUGCUGAGAUGUGUAGGGGCAAGUAGUUUGAUGAAUGAUGCCAUUGUUCUUGUAGAAGCUUUGAAUGGCAUUUUGGAUAAACUCUAGGACGUUGUCCAUGUAGAGAAUCUUGGGGGUAGUACAAUGUGAUGAUCUUCGUGUUGCAUUAGUGGAUUAUGCCGCAAACUUAAGAGUAGUAUUUGAGAAGAUAUACCCAUGUAAUGCGAAUAUAGUCAUCAACAAAAACAAUAUAGUAUUGCAAUCUUAUCGGAGAAGCAACUCAAGAUGGUCCCCCAUCAUAGUGAAUGAGGUCAAAUGGUCAAAAAGUAGGGAUAAAAUCCCGAGGUGGAUAUAUAGAGUGAUGAUGUUUGUCUAGUUGACACAACUCACACACAAACUCAAAAAGAGUAAGCCAUGGAAGAGAUUUUUGAAGUUUUGAUAAAUAUAGAUGUCCCAAAUAGUGAUGCCACAAAAUUAAUGAAUUUUGUGUGGAAGAAGCAAACAAAGCUAGAAGUCUCAAGGAAGGAGAGUCGAGAACAAGCUCAUAGAUGCCACUACUAUUUGCACGACCCAAACCAAUCCUUUGUCUAGUAUGUAGGUCCUAGAAGACACAAUGGUUAGGAAAGAAGAUGACGACACAAUGUAGUAUAUGAGUGAUGGCAUUAAUUAACAAAAGAUUUUUAAGAAAACCAAGAACAUAAGGCUUGUUUAGGAGUGGUUGUGCCAUACCCUUUGAUAGGGCAAGAACGAUUGUUAGGGACAUAGACAAAAGGAAGAUAAUUGGUGGGUGUAAGAGAAUGGAAAAGGUAGGGGACCCUGUCAUAUAGGUAGAGGCCCUUGAGUUGAUAAGUUAAGAAGUACAAGAGGCGAGUAGAGUGUGUACUUGAAGUGGGUGUGUCAUACGUAGAAGUGGAGGCAAGGUUGGCAGAAGAACUAUGAGAGGAAGUGUGAAAGGCCUUUCAUUUUGCAUACUCUUUAAGAGUUAUGGUCAUCUGGACCAUGGGAAUAGAUGAUGCAGGUAGAGGAGCCAUAGAAGGCAGGUUGCUACUGAUCGCAGCUUGACCCAUGUUGGCUUACCAAACUCCUUUCAACAUUUCUUAGUCAAGUGAUUUUGCUUACCACAAUACAAGCAUAGAGGGAAGGAAUUCUUCUACUUAGUUGAUCGUUUCCCCUUCUUGGUAGUCUUUGGAGGUAUGACCUCCACUAGCUCCUAUAGCAGUAAGGGUAGAGGAGUUGAGGGCUGUAGUAGUGGCAUGAGCAAGAGAUGUGCUGGUGUGCACAUGAAGAGCUGUUGAAAAGAUAUGUCAUCAAAGGAACUUGAGUGCCAGAGAGAACCUGACCAUGGAUCUAAUUGGUGAGCUCCAGAUGAAGAUUGCUAAGAAAGGCCCCUGUGUAGAGUUUGCCACAAUACGAGUGAGAUUGGACAAAUUUGUGGUCAGUGGUUGAUAGACAAAUAGCUUGGUGACGAUAUCCUGCAAUUUGUUGAAAUAUGUAUGGAAUGAUCGACUAUCUUACUUACAAGUAAAGAGUGAUUCAUAAAGAUGGAUGGUGCGGUUGAUGGUCUUGUUUGCAUACAUCAUCUUGAUAGUUUACCAUAAUAGGUGAGCUAGCUUUAGGCGACUAAGAGGCUGAAUAAUGGAAGGCUCAACACUUUGACAAAGUCAGGUGUUGAUGACAGAGUGAAGAUGCUCCCAAUGAAAAUAGCCUUAAGAUGUGACAUCAGGUGGAGGCGACUAGAGGUGAUGUAGAAGUCAAUGAGCAUGAAGGAAGUCUUCGAAUGUAGAUGCCCACGAGCCAUAGGCUAGGUGAGUCAAUGCAGCUGUGAUGGAAUGUUGGGGAGGGAAUGAGGCAAGAGGUGAGGUGGAAGGUAUUGUCGCCAAAGACAAGGGCGAAUGAUGGGAGGAUGACCAUAGUGUAUCUAUCAUCAAAGGAAGAGAUAUAACUCAACCAGAUGACAAGAGGCACAAGCGGACAGCAUCCAAGGAGGUAGAAGAUGCAUGCAUAGGCCGACGCACAAGAAGCCCUAGAGAUCAUGGGCUGACACAAGAGAAGGCUGGAUGCCCUGGGGUCAGAUUGAUGCACAAGAGGCCUUGGAGAGGUCAGAUCGACUCAUAGGUGGCCAGAUCGAUGCACAAGACACCCUGAGGUCAGAUCCUGCUGUUGAUGCCAGCCUUGGAGAGUACAGACCGGCAAGGGAGGGGCUGGAUGCGUUGAGAUAAGCACCCUGAGGGCCAGUGUGCUGGCGCGGAGGGCAAGAGAUGUUGGUACAGACAUGCCAGUGUGGAGGGUGAGAGAGGGCCAGCAUGUGCUGUGGGGCGGGCUGUGUGAGAGAGAAAGCAGUGUAGAUGUUGCAUGGGCAGCAGCACAGAGAAACUGGUGGCUGAGGCCACCAGCAAGGGUUGUACAGGGCGGGUUGCGUGAGAGAGAGAGAGAGCACGGAGAUACUGUGCAGGCAGCAGCAUGGAGAAACUGGUGGCUGAGGCCACCGGUGAGUGGCUGGAUGCCUUGAUGAAGCUGCCAAGAAUAAAAGCAGCACCAAAGAUGCUGCCGGAGAAAUGGCAGCGCGAGCAGUAGAGCGAGGGCAACAGAUCGAGCCCCUAUUUCUCUGAUACCAUGUGGAGAGAAAGGGUGCUGUCAACUCUUAGAAUUGAGAGAUUGAAAGGGAAAGGGGGAUAAGUACAAGGGUGUAUAGUGGGCCAAGGCCACAAUCUAACACUUAUCAUCAUAUUUCAUCAUCAUCCUUAGUACACUUCAUGGGAAUGCUGAGGUUUUCAGUUAAUUAUGUGUCUCCCUAAAAAGGCUCUUCCUCUUGAUUUGAGCCCCAGAUGUUAAAAUUAAAUGAUAGUAAGUGACAGAACAUGUGUGCUGAACACAUUUUGCUUGAUUUUUUAGCAUCCCCCAAGGAAACUUUAUUGAAAUGUUCGGAUAUUUUUGUUGAUUAAUGAUAUUUUCUUCACUCAUCAGGUUAUUUGAUAAAACUCUUAGGGAAGAGUAGUAUUUCUGGAUUCUAGGUUUCUUUCUAAUCUCUUUCUUAUCAACAGUUGGACUGUAGUUGGAACCUCAGUUACCUCUCUACAGGAAGGCCUGAGAAAUCUAUGUAUGCCUAACUGUACCAACCUUUCAGGAAAAUGGAGGAUAUGUCAUGUGCUGGGGACUUUCAGAUAUUGGUUGGUAGGUGUGAGCCCAUGAUGUGAGCCGAUUUACUAAUUGGGGUUGGCUUAGCACAUCCUAACAAAACUGCAAUGUCUGUCUAGUGAAAUGUUUGCCUAAGUCUAUUGAUCAUGUGACAUUACAUGAUGUACUCUUUGGCAUGUGCACACAACGCAAGGAGUUGUCUUUUAUUUUUCUUUUCUUUCUCAGUUUUCCUUCUUUGUCACUGUUUCUAUGGCUGUUGCAGGGGCUGUGCUCGUUUCUUCUUGAAUGAAACCCAAAGGCUAAUUGUUUUGACCCUACGUUAUGUAUAAGAUUAACUGCUGAUGCUUUUUUCUGUUAUUGAUGUACAGACUUUACAUUAGUGCACUUCCUUUUUUAUAUAGGUUUUGGGCCCAUUUGGUAAUGGCCUAUGUUUUUUCAUUCUGGACAUUUUAUGUUCUAUACAAGGAGUAUAAGGUCAUAGCGUUCAUGAGAUUGCGUUUUCUUGCAUCUGAAAGACGCCGUCCUGAUCAAUUUACAGUGAGCUUCCAUUACUGGUUCUCAAUUUUCUUCUCCAUGCGUAUGCUACUUUUUUUUAAUUCAGUGUUAAUGCAGUUUUCUUAGUGCGACUUUGCAACUUAUUUUCUAGAUAUUUUUCAACAUUAAUUUUUAUACUCUAGUUUUCGUGCAUUUUGGUCAUAUACCUCUGAGGAAUUAACCAGAAACAGUUGCAUUAUGUCAAAUUUUUUUUGACAUAAUAUACUUUUUUUCAUUUCUAAUCCUUUGCUGUCCAUGCCUAAUGGUAAUCUGAAGUCUUUUUUUGUCACAAUAGCUUCUAGUUUUUUUACGUUCUUUCUCAGAAAAAAGUCCAUAAAUACUGAUCUCAGACUAAUCCUCAUUUGAUUUCGUUUCAUUUUGACAUCUUUACUAAUCAUGGUGUGAGACGAAUGAACAGAACAAAUUCGUACGGUACUUUUACGCAAGGGUGAAAAAAAAAAACUAACAAAGAUGAAGGAGGUGAUUAUUGCGCUAGAAAUGAGGGAAACACAGUAGAAAUAAGGCAGCUGUCUUACAUUCUGACUCAAUAACGGUUUCCUAUAGUUGUACACGCCCCCCUUUUUUCUCUCUCCACCUUCUUGUGUUGUCCCCGGAACUGUCAUCAACACAGGACAGAGCUAACAAGAAUAGAUUUGCUGUGUCCACUGUUGUCAGUCACGAGAUCAAAGAUCAAUUGUCUUUCAAAAAGGCUAUGUUUUCAUUACCCUCAGAGUUGGAGAGGCUUGAGGUCACUGAAAAUGGUACAGAUGCCCGAGAAAUUCUAGAACGCUCUUAGCUCUUGUCCCAUGCAGAAUAAAGGGGCUUUUUUGUAUUAGUUUCUCUAGCACCCUCGCAGUUCAUUUAUACUGGGAGCGAGAGGUUGGUACAUCAUUAGAUUCAAGAUGAGCCUGUUAAGAUCGUGCUAUAAAUGCUACUGCAUUUACUAAGUACAUCAAUGGAUUUAAUGCAACAUGAGAACGAAUGAUAUUAAAGCAUUAGAUAUUCGGCUUAAAGUCAAAGAAAAUAGAUGAUGAUAACGACCAUUCAUUUAUAUAUAUAUAUAUAGAUAUUAAAAUAGGACAGAAAAAUGUCAAUGUCUCAGAAGAAUACCUAGGGUUUGAUGUUUCUUUUAGAUCUAAGACACCCUAUUUAUCCACAAUCAAACGAAAAUGAGAGAAAUAUUCUAGUGAAUCAUACUAAGGUUUGGUAUAUAUAUAGAUAUAUUACAAUAGGACAAAAAAUUAAAUGUCUCAGAAGAAUACCUAGGGUUUGAUGUUUCUUUUAGAUCUAAGAUACCCUAUCUAUCCACAAUCAGAGGAAAAUGAGAGAAAUAAUCUAGUGAAUCACACUAGGUUUGUUAUUGAAUGCUUGAAUUCACAAUUAUUUACUAGUAUUAUCCCAGCCCAUCUAGAUGAGUGUAUGCGAGUCUUUCUCUUUUUUAUAACAAUUAGUAUAUUUUAUUUAUUUGAUACUUGGGCCGUAAAAACCUGAUAAUAUCUGAAGAAACGAUGAUUCCAGAGCUUUGAUUUUUAUUUGAGCUACUGAGUUCAGUUUUCUAUGCAUUAUUUGCUGAUCAUUUCAUUCCCUCCUUGCUUGAUUCAGGUACUUGUGAGAAAUGUUCCUCCAGACACGGAUGAAACAAUCAAUGAGCAUCUGGAGCACUUUUUCUGUGUGAACCACCCUGAUCAUUAUCUCACGCAUCAGGUAUUGAAUAUUUUAUUUUGAACUUAUUUCAACAGGAAAUAAGCAAACCACAAACAAUUUACAACUCUAGAACAAUGAAUGUAUAUAAUAACUUUCUUUGUUCCAGUAUCAGUGCCUUGUUGGAGGUUAGAGGUAUCAUUUCAUCACUGUUUAACUUAAAUAGUGAUCAUCACUUUCCUUUUAUCAGGUUAUCCUGCCCUAAACAAUGGGAGAUUUUUGUAAUUCGAUUUUAUUGUGCUACAUCCAUAUGACGCAAAAGGAAUGCUCAUUUAAUUUUAUUCAUAAAUUAGUCCUUGUCUUCUCUUAAAUAGGAUGCUUCUGACAGUGCAAGUAAUCAACUAUCUUAAGUCUUUAGCACUCAUGCCCUCAUGCAAAGUCGACAUGCGAUUUAAGAGAUGCAGUCUCUCCCCUUACUCUGUCAGAAAAAGAGUAGUAUUGGCUGAAAAUGUUAAACCUGAAUUCACUGUUACUAGAUUAUAGCCCCCCUUAUCUGUCAAUAUGUGUGCUCUUCCAUGCUUUACGAUAACCUGGGUUUCAUAAUAUUAAGGAUCUGUUCAAUUUUAUUAAACCAACUUAACAGUUGUUAAUAUUACCAGCGACUAAGGUACUUUAUUGGCUGGCAGUCUGCUUUCCAAGAUUCCUUUCAUUUUCAUUUCUCAUUUGAUCUGCCUCCCUUACUGUACAUAUUUCUGUUGCGUGAGGGGUGCGCCUCCAAGCUUAAAAUAUGCACAUGCAGGCUCGGAAAUGAACACUUUUCCGUAUCACCACCGUAUGCCAUAGUCUAAAGUGCCAAAUGUGAAAUUCCUCCUUUGUUUAAAUAUUUAUUCCUGCCUUGAUUUCUUUUUAAUGCCAUAUUGAUUUUGAUCUGCACUUUUUUUUCAUUCAGGUUGUGUAUAAUGCUAAUUACCUUUCUAAGUUAGUGGAGAAAAAGAAAAAAAUACAGAACUGGCUCGACUACUAUGAAAUAAAAUAUUCAAAGAAUUCUGGUAAACGACCCUCAACCAAGGUAACAAUACCUUCAUAUAUGAGCUUUAAUCUUGCAUUUGUUUAUUCUGUUUCUGUAAUGUUUCCAUGGUUUUGAUCCUUCUAUAUUUUUUUCAAAGAAAUUUUGACUGUUAUGGUUGUGGUCUACGCUUUAUUAUGUUUUAGGUUUUUUAGUAAAAUAACAUUUAAGAUGUUAUUUAAUAUAUCUUUUUGUUUAUAGACAGGCUUUUUAGGUCUUUGCGGGAAAAGAGUGGAUGCUCUUGAAUACUACACUCAAAAAGUUGUGAAGUUAUCUGAAGAAGUAAUUUUUUGGAGCCAUUUAGCUAUCUCAUUUUGUUAACCCUUAUAUUUUGAUUCUUUAGGCAGGAUCUCAGUGACAUUUUCUUUACCAUUGUUACAUUACCUCUAACUUUACAAAACGAUGAUGAUUGUCUGAUCUGUUUUAGUAACAUUACCACAAAGAGGUAAAUUUUAUGCCAACAAAUAUGGCUCGGCAUUUGUUGCCAUGUCAUAUGAACUUUAUUCUCAUGGGAUCUUGCUAAAUGUUCAAAUCAGUCACUAAUGAAUUCGUAUUAGAUCGACAUUUCUUGGGUCUCUGAAAUGAAUUCGUAUUAGACUUACUUUUAUAAAAAUUGAGCGUCAUGCUAAUUAGUUUUCUCAUUUAGGUAUUGAUGCAAUGUGGAACGUGUAUCAAUUCUUAAUUUUAAAAAUUCUGCCUUUCUUAAUUAUUUUUUUAUUUUUAAGCUUAAAUCGUUAAUUAGGUUUUCACGAAAAUGUAUUUUUGAAAAGUUAGGUGGAUCAUAUAAUAUUUAGAUCUAUAUUUUGAAUCCAAAAAAUUCAAUCCAUGAAAGAUAUGUCGAAAUUUAGAUGAUUUCUCAUUUUUCCUCUUUUCUAUUGAAAGAAAGUAUCUGGAUUCAAUGCCUAUAAGUUUUUCAAAAAUACAGAUUUCUAUUUAAAUGUUUCUCCUCAUUUUGACUUGGUUUGGUAAAAACGGUGUGUGUUCAUUUUGCGCAGUAGUUUCAACAGUAUAGAUUUUAUAAUAGGUUGACUUACUUUGACUGUAGAUGAAUUUUGAGAGGGCUUUUCUAGAUAUUUAAUGUUUACUGCUAAAUGAGCUCCCCCCGUCAGCAAACACAAACCAAACUCUUCAUAUGGCUUGAACUGCCUUGAUUAGUAUUGUAGUGGCCAAUAUGUUACGACACAAUUCACAUGCAGGAUAGAUCGAUUUGGUUUUGUAGUCCGCCUGAUUAACGAAAAGAGUUAUUGCUUAAAAGAAGAUUUCAUCUUUUGUCCUUCCCUAGCAUUCAUGCCACAUGACGUUUGUCAAUAGAAAGUUAUGUCUGUUUCCAAAUGAAUGGCUUCAUCGUCUUCCAUUUAAUCGUGUUAUGAAGAAUUAUAUUCAGACUUAGAGCCCUUUGAUUAAAAACCUUUCUUGCCUCUCUACCCUCAUAUUUCCAUCAGAAAAAAACUAAGAGCCAAUAUUUGUGCAGGAAGCUAAUGAAAGAGAACGAGUUAUCAAUGAUCCAAAGGCUAUAAUGCCUGUUGCAUUUGUUUCUUUCAAAACCCGCUGGGGUGCUGCUGUUUGUGCUCAAACACAGCAGUCAAGUAAUCCAACAUUGUGGCUAACAGAGUGGGCUCCAGAACCUUGUGAUGUGUAUUGGCCUAAUCUUGCAAUUCCAUAUGUAAAGCUCACAAUCCGGAGGUUGAUUAUGGCUGUAGCAUUGUUCUUCCUUACGUUCUUUUUUAUGAUUCCUAUUGCAUUUGUUCAGUCUCUUGCAAGCCUUGAGGGCAUUGAGAGGGUCGUGCCAUUUCUCAGUCCCAUAAUGGAGAUGUAAGCGUUUUUUGAUUCCUUUUAAUCUACUAUGGAUUUAAUUUAUCCAGGAACUAGUUAGUUUCAAGUUUAUGCUUGCUAUUUCAAAUAUUCAAAAUAUUUUCCUGCUGCAGAAAGGUCAUCAAGUCCUUCAUUCAAGGUUUCCUCCCUGGGAUUGCAUUGAAGAUUUUCCUUAUUCUACUCCCAAAAAUACUUAUGACAAUGUCCAAGAUAGAAGGCUUCGUUUCACUGUCUACAUUGGAGAGGAGAUCUGCUGCAAAAUAUUACCUUUUCAUCUUGGUGAAUGUAUUUCUAGGGAGCAUCAUAACAGGAACAGCUUUUGAACAGCUUAACAGUUUGAUCAAACAAUCUGCCAGCAAGUAUGUUUCCUUAAUAUGUAUUGAAAGUUCCCUUUUUCUUGCUUGACGACCUACAUUGGUGAUAUGUGAUAUCAUCAAUGCACAUUAAUACAUUUUUAGACAUGGCUUGCUCUUCCUUUUUAGUGACGAAUGGCCUACUGAUGAUUUAGUGGGAUGAGAUAAUCUUUUUUUUCCACUGCUGUCCAUUUUGGGGUUCUUGUUGAAGAUUGUUAUUGAUAGGUAUGGUGAACCUGGUGUCCCUUUCAUCUUGCAUUUUUGUGACUAAAUUCGACGGACCCUGGAUCAUAAUCUGUGGGAUUUGAAUUCCGUUAUCUUUAAAAAAUAACGAACUCCAUAUUCUCGGUGAAAAAUCAUGGUUUGUUUUCUAAUUUCUGUCCCAUUUAUUCACUUUUUCGUGAUUGUGAGUAAAAAACAACCUCAAAUCUGUACCCUAUCCUAUCAAAGACUCUCUGGAGACACAAUAUUGACCACAUUUAUAAUCCUCUUUGCAGCAUUCCAAUCACAGUCGGUGUGGCUAUCCCUUUGAAAGCAACAUUUUUCAUUACCUAUAUAAUGGUUGAUGGUUGGUCUGGGGUUGCUGCAGAAAUUCUUCGGGUGAAACCUCUUAUUAUGUACCAUUUAAGGAACACAUUUAUAGUGAAAACUGAACAAGACAGGCAGCAAGCAAUGGAUCCUGGUAGCCUGGAAUUUGCUUCAUCUGAACCUCGAAUACAGUUUUAUUUCUUGCUCGGUCUUGUUUACUCAGUGGUGACACCGAUUCUUCUCCCUUUCAUUGUCAUCUUCUUUGGUUUUGCUUAUGUCGUCUUCCGCCAUCAGGUAUGGCUACCUCUUUUAUUACACCUCUCUUUCCUCAUUUUGCAUCCCCUUCUCUAUGAAAAUCCUUCUAGAACCAUAGAAUUAUUUUUUUUAUUUUUAUUUUGAUGGCCAUUAAAAAUUCCUUGAUGGCCCUUGUCGCAACAGAAAUUUUCCUUUAUAUUCCUGUUAAUAAUUUUUGUGUGAAAUAUGCGACACUUAUUACACUCGUGGACAUCUUUAUUUUUUAUUUUUGGACAUUUAUUUAUUUAUUUAUUGCGACUAAACAGUGUUUUUUUUUCCAAUGGUUUUUAAGAUUUACGUUUACCUUUUCUAGAUCAUAAAUGUCUACCACCAGCAAUAUGAGAGCGGUGCUGCAUUCUGGCCAGAUGUGCAUAGACGUAUACUAUAUGCUAUGAUAAUUUCCCAGAUCUUACUGAUGGGACUAAUGACCUCAAAAAAAGCUUCUGAUUCUACUCCAUUACUCCUAGUUCUUCCCAUAUUGACCGUCUGGUUCCAUGUUCUAUGCAAAACUCGGUUUGAACCAGCAUUUGUGAAGUUUCCAUUGCAGGUGUGUGAUAAUAUUAGCAAAUGUAUUGUCUAAUUUUUAUCCGAGUUUUCUGCUGCUUACUGACAAUACAGUUCCAUAUAGUUUCAAGAAAUAACAUGGGUAAAGUUAGCAUUUCUACUCUCUAGCCACCCUUGCCUAGCUGCAAUUGCUGUGAAAAAAAACCCAAGUGGAGGUUCAUGAAGCUACAAUUACAGUUGUGUUGAUUUGCUUAACUAUAGGCCGACUCUUGACUAAUUAUUCGCAUCCAAUUUUCUGCUGCUGUUGUUAGAGGAAAGUCUCGAUUCAUAUUUUAAAUUCUUUCUUAUUUUAUCCGCCCCCCCCAAUCUUGUAGAAAAUGAGCUGAUAUUCGUACACUCUCCUAUUAAUUUAUAACAGGAUGCAAUGGUCAGGGACACUUUAGAGCGCGCUACAGACCCUGCUUUCAAUUUGAAAGCCUAUCUCCAUGAGGCAUACAUCCACCCCGUUUUUAAGAAUGACAACAUCGAGCAGCCUGCUGCCAUGGAUGAGGAGGAGAGCAAUCCUCUUGUAAGAACAAGGAGGAGCUCUCAUAAUACUGCUUCUGGACCCGUGAAACAUGGGUUUGAAUUUGGCUCUUAG